AUGUCGACCGAGAAGUUUACCAUUACGGAACAUGUCGUUCCUGGCUGUCAUAUCCGAGAAUAUCCAGGAAGCACUGUGCACCAGGAGGACGUGCUAGAGCUUCAUGUUAAGCAAUAUACCCCAAAGAACCAAGAAUUACCCAUUCCCUCUGAUGCAAUUACUUUAAUUGCUGCCCAUGGAGUUGCGCUACCAAAAGAACUGUAUGAGCCUCUCUGGGAUGAAAUUCUGGAGAAAACCACCGGCUUUCGAAUCCGGAGCAUCUGGGUAGCCGACUGCGCAAGCAUGAACAUGAGCGGAAUCAAAAAUGAGGACAAACUCAGCAUGGACUGCUCUUGGAUGGACCACCCACGGGACCUCUUCCUAAUGAUCAACCACUUCCGCGACCAAAUGCCCCGUCCAAUAGUAGGUCUCGGUCACAGCUUCGGAGGAACCAUCAUUACCAACCUUGCCUACCUCCACCCACGCCUCUUCACAACCGUCCUCCUCAUUGACCCCGUAAUCCAACUACACCCACCAGAAAUGGGCUUCGGUACUGACGCUCCCGGUGUAAUCAACUAUACCCUACGGCGCAGCGACGUCUGGCCCAAUCGCGAGAUUGCUCUGCGCGCAAACCGUGCUCUAACUAAGGACUGGGACCCACGCUGCAUUGAUCGGAUGGCCAAGUACGGAUUCCGCGAUCUCCCAACUCGCCUAUACCCAGACGUGGAUGCUAUCAAGGCUCGUUUCAACUCAAAACAAACACCGGUUACUUUGACGACGAGUAAAUACCAAGAUUUGAUUGGCCAGAUUCGCGAGAAUUUCGGUGCCCAAGACUCCGCUACAGGUCGAAUCGUGAUCAAUCGCGCGACACACGCGGACCUGGAUCCGCUUGCGGCUUUUAUUCCUAUGUAUCGCCCCGAGCCACCGAGUACCUUCUUGCGGUUACCAAGCCUGCGGCCUUCUUGUGUGUGGAUCCUUGGUGGCUCUACUUACCUGAGGCUGGAUGAAAUACGGGAAGGUAUUAAAGUUUGCGGGACUGGGGUGGGCGGUAGUGGGGGUUUGCCGGAGGGCAGAGUUCGGGAGGUGACGUUAGCGGGACUGGGGCAUUUGAUGCCCUUCCAAGAGGUGACGAAGGUAGUUGAGCCGUGCGUUGCGUGGCUUGUGGAGGAGAUGGAUCGGUUUCGCCGAACUGAGAAGCAGUGGGAAAAGGAUCGUAAGCGUGUUAAUCAUUUAGAGCUGAGUGAGACUUGGUACAAGGUUUUGAAGCCUAUUGAUGGUGGACGUGCUGGUGGAAAGGAUCGAAGGAAGGAAAAGCUAUGA